AUGAUGGACAACGACAGCGUGGCGAUGUUCCUGCCCGAAGAACCUGUGCGCGAACGACAAAGUUGUAAACCUGGCCGACGUUUCUUUUGUAUACUUGCACUGAUCGCCUUUCUUACGCUUACAGUUUUAUUUAGUGUGGUGCUCAGCAUGUCCAUCACGAAUAGGAAUAGAUAUGAAUCGCUAAAGAUACAGUAUGACGAACUGCGCAAUAAGAACGAGGGAAAGAUAGACUAUAUUAUCGACAAUAGAAUCAACAAGUCAGAAUUGGAUUGGAACGCGCGUUUUGGUGCUAUUAAUAACAGCCUACGAAGUCGAGUCGAAGCUGACAAGAAACUACGAUCUCGUAUGAACAUCAGCUUUGAGAAUAUAACAAAUGAUGUGGAAAAUAUUCUUUCGGAAUUAGAUAACUUAACGUUAAGUCUAUUAAGAAUUAAUACCACCUCAGAUGGAAAGAUACGAAAUUUGCGCAAUAUUCUGAAGGCCAUCAAAGGUGACCUUCGCCUGUCACGCACCGCAUUCACGCAAAUUAACAGAAGUCUGCGUAACGAUUUGAUGCAAGUUAGAAAGUCUUUGAGCCUGGCUGUAAAAGGUCUCAAAAACGGAUUGAGAAGAUUAAACGAUACAACCACAGAAAAAACUGACGAUCUUUGGCGGUAUUGGAAUGAAACGAACACUGAAUUCCAACAGUCUUUGGAAAAAAUGGCACGUCAAAACACGACCUUCCAUUUGAUAGUCGAUCGCCAUUCCGACACAUUAUACUCCGAAGUUAAGGAUGUCGAAAAGAAACUUGCGCAACUGAGCAACAAAACUUUCAUUGUCACAAAGAAAGAUAAGCAAAAUCUUCAAAAAGAAUUGAACAAGACAAGACGCAUUUUGAAAGACGCAUUCCAAAAUGAAAUCUCACGGACCAACGCAAGUUUGUCCAAAAAGAUAGAAAGUUUUGAGACGCAGUUGAGUUCUUCAUUUGCGAAUGUUAAGACAAAAAUAGACGCCGUUCAGAAUCAACUUCAAAAAAAUAUAACGCACUUGAAAGACAAACAGAAGAAUAUUAAAGAUGACUUGUCAAAAACGAAACUAAAUCUUCAAGCAGUUGACAGCAGGCAGGACACGAAUAUUUCCGCCCUAGCAGUCAAAAUACAAUACGUCACGAGUAAUCUUAAUAAUAACCUGGAUUCUGAGAAAAAUAAACGGCUACAACUUGAAAAAGAAGUGCAGAACUUGCGUAGUAUUGUUGAUAAACUUCAAAGCAAGGCAAAUGGGAUUUUCGGAGUUAAUGUUCCUUUAGUUGUUUUUCUAAUAUCGUUUAUAUUGUUGUAUAUUUGA